AUGGUCGGAGGGGAGGACAUGGCGGUGAGCAGGGCGCGGAUGAGCCAGCAGAGGAAGACUGUACCAGCUGCCGUAAAGCACGUGUGUGGCUUUUGGUACUGUACCACAGUACGGCCGGUGUGCUCUACGGCCAUACUGUGCCCUACUGCACGCACUGCACAAAGUGAAACGAGGAAUUCAGUAUCUGAAUGCGCCACACGUUUGUUUGAAAACUGCAUUCGGUUUGGAGUCUUUGGAACCUCCUAUCGAAAUGGACUCACUUUAUUUAAAGACAGGGCGAUGUCCUAUCGACUCUGA